AUGAAAAAAGCCGAAGCCUACCAAUCGAUUGAAUUCUACUUCCUGUCCUCUGAGAUCUCCAACUCUCGUGAUGAAACGGAUCCAACCGCCUUUUCAAGUCGACGACAUCAAGACCCAGGUAACCUUGUGUUCCGUAUCUCGUAUUCUCGACUAUUCUCGCUGGAUACUGGCAUCAACGACAAGGGAAGCUGUGAUCUUCCUCGUGGUUGCGGACGAAAGUUCUACGUUCUUCCGCGGCAGGACGUCUUGAUACUCCGGUCCGCCAACGCUGAACUCACAAGGGUCGAGCUGCUCGGGCCAGCUCUGCGGCCUGGAGUCAAAAACGGGCGGAUGCCAUACCCUGGUUCGACCACGGAAAGUCACGAGAGGGGGGGAAACGAGAACGAAAAGGGUGAAAUGCAGGGCGGCAAGAGCUACAGCAUCGAUAAUAGUUUUGGAGAUGCAUGGAACAACGACCGAGGUGCUUGGGAGGCUGAUCGUGAGCUGCAACAUGUCGUCUAUAGGGUUCGUCGUGGAGUUCGUGCGGUCAAUGGCUCUGGCACCAGCCACGGCACCAUGCACAGAUGUACUGUUGCAGGUCUCAAGAUGAGUUUUGACUUGCCAUGGCCAACUGCUUAA